AGCUCCUGUCGCCGUCGCGGCUUCCGGUGCUAGGUGGAGGGAAAGGAAGGAAGGAGGGUGCCGCCGGGGAGCGGGGCCAGCGGAGCAGCUUCGCCGUGGUCGGCUUGGCGAGCCGGAGGCAGCGGAGCGAGAGCCGGGGCGGAACCGGCGGGGGCGGCGGCGGCGGCCGUGGAGCUGGGAGCAGGAACAGGAUCAAGUCCUCCAAUCCAGGGACCAGGCCAAAAGCAGACUGCCACUUCCUCCACUUGGGUCCCAUUGACCUGAGAAAGCUGCUGCCAUAAUCAUGGGCAACAUCUUUGGAAAUCUUCUUAAGAGCCUGAUUGGGAAGAAGGAGAUGCGCAUCCUAAUGGUGGGUCUGGAUGCUGCAGGAAAGACUACCAUCUUGUACAAGCUGAAACUGGGGGAGAUUGUUACCACCAUUCCUACCAUUGGGUUUAAUGUGGAGACUGUGGAAUAUAAGAAUAUCAGCUUUACAGUAUGGGACGUAGGUGGCCAGGACAAGAUUCGGCCCCUCUGGAGACACUACUUCCAGAACACUCAAGGUUUGAUAUUUGUGGUUGAUAGCAAUGAUCGGGAACGAGUAAAUGAGGCUCGGGAAGAGCUGAUGAGGAUGCUAGCAGAGGAUGAGCUCCGGGAUGCUGUGCUUCUUGUCUUUGCAAAUAAACAGGAUCUGCCGAAUGCUAUGAAUGCUGCUGAAAUCACGGACAAGCUGGGCCUGCAUUCCCUGCGUCACCGCAACUGGUACAUUCAGGCCACCUGUGCCACCAGUGGGGACGGGCUGUAUGAAGGCCUGGACUGGCUGGCCAAUCAGCUCAAAAACAAGAAGUGAGAACCAGGCAGUCUUAUGUGACCACCCCACCUGCCCCUGACAUACCUGUUGUCUCCUUUCCCUUUCCUACCCAUUGCAACUGUGGCCAGGGCCCUGGGUAUCAUGUUCGCAUGCCCAGUAAAAGCCAUGCCUCCCCUUUCCUCCUCUCCACCCUGCCCACUGACAUGAUCAGGCCCCAGUUGUUGUCCUUAUGAUGAAUUAUUCCAAUUUACUGGAUUUCAAACAAAAAUGAGGUUGUUAUGCUUUCAUGGAGUGGUCCCCUCCCCCAUCUCAACCUUUGGGUUUCAGGAAAUGGAGUGGGGUAUUCUCUCCGUUUUCUUUGUUUGGCACUGGUUGCUGUGCUCUUAGCAUCUGAGUUCCUUCCUUGUCUUCCACACCCAUCUCCUACUCCCUGUCUUCCUUUCCUUCUAUUACCCUCUCCUUGUUCUACAUGAAAAUUGCACGGGCCUCUCUGUGUGUGCGUGCAUGUGUGCGCCUGUAUAUACAUGUAUAGAGAGAUAUAUAUGUAGGGGCCAGGGAGAGGGGGGAGGGGUGGAAUGUAGCUCAGGGCUUGCAGCCAGGACACUGCCCACUGGACAAUGUCAACUGCCCCUUCUGUAUUGGUAAGAUAAAA